GUGAGAGGAUUCAGGCUCUCAUGGAGCUGUCCUGGCCUCAGAAGGUUAUCCAUCUCUCCUGCCAACCACAGAGAGACAUAUUUAGACAGGACCAGGUGGGGACGGAGGGGUGCCAGUUUCAAGGGGCAGCUCCGGUUCCCUCCCCGCCCCUGCUCCUAUUCCUCCUCCUGACCCUUUUUCUCUUGGCUCUGUCGGCAGUUUCUCCAGGACCCAGCAGUGUCCUCUGUCCACUGCUCUGGCCCAUUCUCUACCCCACCCCCACCCGGAGUCCCUAACUCAGGAUUCUGUAUCAGGGGGCACCUCCCUAUUUCAGCUAACCACCUCUGGACCAGGAGAGCAGACCCAGAUCCUCCUACCUCCAUGAGAGCUACUGACAGGAUGGGGGCCAGAGCAGCGUCCAAGCUGCAGCUGGCACUGCUGUUUGUACUGGUGCUAGGGACGCCCAGGUCAGGGGUCCAGGGGGAAGAUGGGUUGGACUUCCCUGAGUACGACGGCGUGGACCGUGUGAUCAAUGUGAACGCCAAGAACUACAAGAACGUGUUUAAGAAGUAUGAGGUGCUGGCCCUCCUCUAUCAUGAGCCCCCCGAGGACGACAAGGCCUCGCAAAGACAAUUUGAGAUGGAGGAGCUAAUCCUGGAGUUAGCGGCCCAAGUCCUAGAAGACAAGGGUGUUGGCUUUGGCCUGGUGGACUCUGAGAAGGAUGCAGCUGUGGCCAAGAAACUAGGACUAACUGAAGAGGACAGCGUUUAUGUGUUCAAAGGCGAUGAAGUCAUCGAGUAUGAUGGCGAAUUUUCUGCAGACACUCUGGUGGAGUUUCUGCUUGAUGUCCUAGAAGACCCUGUAGAACUGAUUGAAGGUGAACGAGAACUGCAAGCAUUUGAGAAUAUUGAAGAUGAAAUCAAACUCAUUGGCUACUUCAAGAGCAAAGACUCAGAGCAUUACAAAGCCUACGAGGAUGCAGCCGAAGAGUUCCAUCCCUACAUCCCUUUCUUCGCUACCUUUGACAGCAAGGUGGCAAAGAAGCUGACUCUGAAGUUGAAUGAGAUUGAUUUCUAUGAGGCCUUCAUGGAGGAGCCUGUGACCAUCCCAGACAAACCCAACAGUGAAGAGGAGAUUGUCAGCUUCGUGGAGGAGCACAGGAGAUCGACCCUGAGGAAACUGAAACCUGAGAGUAUGUAUGAGACCUGGGAGGAUGAUCUGGAUGGAAUCCACAUUGUGGCCUUUGCAGAGGAAGCCGAUCCUGAUGGCUAUGAGUUCUUAGAGACUCUCAAGGCUGUGGCCCAAGACAACACCGAGAACCCUGAUCUCAGUAUCAUCUGGAUUGACCCUGAUGACUUCCCACUGCUGGUCCCGUACUGGGAGAAGACCUUUGACAUUGACUUGUCAGCUCCACAAAUAGGAGUUGUCAAUGUGACAGACGCGGACAGCAUAUGGAUGGAGAUGGACAACGAGGAGGACUUGCCUUCUGCUGAGGAGCUCGAGGACUGGCUGGAGGACGUGCUGGAGGGCGAAAUCAACACAGAGGAUGAUGAUGACGACGAUGAUGAUGAUGACGACGAUGACGACGACGAUGACUAGUUGCUGUGGCAGCUACAUACCAGCCCCAGUUGGUCUUUACAUGUACCUUCCGACCAUCCGUGCACUUCCCCCCGAGCUCCUUGGGACACUAGGUUAUUCUCUACUAUAGGGCCAACUGUGGUCUACAUACAGGGUGCUUGAGAUCCUGGUCUCCCUCACUGAUGAGGAAAGGAACUGCUUUUUCUCAGAUCCCAGCCUGCUUCUUUUCUCUGACUUGCUUCUCAUCCCAGACCUUAUCUGUAUGUGUCUCUCUUCCGCCACUCCCCAUACUUAACUAUUUGUCAACUCUUCUCUAUCCCUUCUAUAAUACAGUCUCCCAUUACUCAAAUCUUAAAACCUUUCUGACUGUCCUGACCCUGGCCAGGAGGAAGGGAGGUACUGUGUUAGGGGGUAUAUCUUAGCCAUCUCCUGUUAAUGUAUUUGGGUCAAAUGCAAGGCCUUAAUAAAGAAAUCUGGGGCAGAAUGA